AACCCGAACAGCUGGAGCCAGGGCUAACCCAUGAUCUGCAGGUGGAAGAGGGCAAUUCAGCCGGUUAGAAGAGGCAAAACACAAAAUGGCGGUUGCGAGAGACAACGACUCAUCCCAUCAGCUUCAUCAAAGCUUGUGUUUUGACGGCCUUUUUUCAUCUCAUUGUUCUGUCUAUUAGUUCAUCACCUAGUUACCGCUAUGGCCUGACCACUCCCCUCCCUCCCCCCAAUACAACCAUGAGUGAGUGAGGCAUUGCACAAUGCAAUGCACAUAUCCCAAUCGCAGGCAGCUGGUCAGCCUUACGCUGGCCAUCGUCCUCCUCCUGCUGCUGGCCUUCUACUAUCGCAGCCAGGGUCCUUUUUCCUUCCACGCGCCAAAUACAUCCUAUCCGGCUUCGUCUGUACAGAGUCCGAAACUUACCUCUUCACCACCUCGCCCUCCUCCGCCUCCUCCUCCUCCUCCUCCAGCGUCCAGCUCCGACCCCAAACGGCUUCAAGAUGAACCGUCCACGCCUCACAACCUCACCCGUACCCUCGUAAUCGCCUCCCUGCUCGAAGAAGACACGACUUGGGCCUCCAGCCUCUCCUCCGCAGACCCCACCCUCACAACCGCAAUCUAUGUCGUCGACAAUCCCACCACCCUAAACAACACCACCCCCACCAUAUUCCCCUACCUCACCGUCCCCGCCAACAAGGGCCACGAAGCCAUGGUCUACCUAACCUACAUAAUAGACACCUACCACGCCCUCCCAGACAUCUCAAUCUUCAUGCACGCCCACGCCAUCACAUGGCACAACAACGACUUUCUCUCCUCCUCCUCUUCCGCACAAGCCGUCCAACGCCUCCGCAGCGCCAAGGUCCUGCGCGACGGCUACAUGAACCUGCGCUGCCACCACAACCCGGGCUGCCCGGACCACAUCCACCCCACCAUCCCAACCGACCAAGGCACCACCAAAACGACGACGGCGGGUCAAAGCGCCAGCGCCAGCGACACGGGCGAAACCCAAAGCCAAGACGACAUCCUAAACAUCCCCGAAUCCGCCGUGAUGGGCCAAGCGUGGACCGAACUGUUCCCCACAACGCCCAUCCCCCGCGUCCUCUCGCAGCCCUGCUGCGGCCAGUUUGCCGUGAGCGCCGACCGGAUCCGCUCCGUGCCGCGCGAGCGCUAUGUGGAGUUUCGGAAUUGGUUGUUGGCGACGGCGCUGGAUGACCGGCUGAGCGGGCGGGUGUGGGAGUAUCUGUGGCAGUAUGUGUUUGGGCGGGUGGAGGAGUAUUGUCCGGAUGAGUAUACUUGUUAUUGUGAGGGGUACGGGGUGUGUUUCGGCGGGGAUAAGGGGGAGUAUUUGAGGUAUUUUGAGUUGAGGAAAAACAGUACGGAGAUUAGGGAGGAGAUUGAGAGAUUGAAGGAGGGAGGUGAUAAGGAUAAGGAUAACGGGAGGGUGAAGGAGCGGGAGCGGGAGUUGGAGGUGAUUCUGACGCAGAUGGAGGAGAUCAAAGCGAAGUCGGGGGGCUCGUGAUGGGAUAACGUUACUUUCCUUGUUUUUCUUCUUUCUGCCUUUCAUUUAUUCAUUGCAAAGGGAGUUAUUGACAUCUUGUUUUCUCUCCUUCAAGGGCUACAUCAGAUGUCUUGGGCUGUUGACAGACAUGGAAAGGCGGAUACUUUUCGGAAAUAUAUAUAUGGAUACCCCUGCAGGAGCGAGUCCGUUAGUAAUUACAACCGUCACACAAUAAUCUCCAUCUUGCAA